UGUUAAGUGCAUACACACUCUUUAUUUAAUUGACCAGCAAAGCCUACAGUUCUCAGGGAUGGUGCUCCAAACCUCCAGGAUUUUUUCUUUGCUGUUUGUGAUCGCAGUUGCCAUUGUACUUUUAAUUUUAUCAUGGGGAUAUUUAUCAACAAGCAUCAGCUGGACUGCUUACUCAGAAAAUAACAGACACCAAGAUGAAGACAGUUUGCUUAAGAGUUACAUUGAACUCUGGGUUAAAAAAGGAAACUCAACCCAUCCGCCUGCUGUGUUCACCACAACACAUAAAGCAAAAAUUGCUGAUUCCACAAAAACAAACCAGGUGACAAAGCUAAAAACUGAUCAAAUGAGAGCCUCUACACAUGGCGCUGUGGCUGAGACUCCCAUACCCGUCCUUUUAAAAAAAUCCUUCAAGAAGCUUCCUCAGUGGGAUUUUGAGGAUGUUUAUAACCAGGAUGCCCCACCCAGACAGACAACAUGUGCCCAGUCUCUGCGAAACUCUGAGGAUGAGAGCUUCAAGAAGGCUUUCCUUCCCAACAUACGUUUGUUUCUGCACAAAGACAAUUUCAACAUGAGCGAGUGGAACCGACUUUCACAUUUUAACAACCCUUUUGGUUUUAUGGAAUACCAGUAUAACGAUGUGAUGCCUUCAUUGAAGUUGAUCCCAAAGCCAAAAGAGCCACUACUCCUUCCAAAGCCAGGCAAUGGAGGGUGUGUGCGCUGUGCUGUGGUGGGCACUGGGGGGAUCCUCAAUGGCUCUAAAAUGGGGAAAGAGAUCGAUGCUCACGAUUACGUCUUCCGGAUGAACGGUGCAGCCAUCAAAGGUUACGAGGAAGACGUAGGAAACAGAACAUCGGUGUACGUUCACACGGCCCACUCCAUCACUACGUCGCUGUAUUUGUUCAAGAAGUACGGAUACACAUCUGCCCCGCAUGAUGAGGGUAUAAAAUACGUGAUGAUUCCUGAGGGGAUGAGGGAUUUCAACUGGCUCGAGGGUCUUCUCAAAGGAGAAAGGGUCUCUGCUGGCCCAUAUCACAACAAACGGCCAUGGACGUACUAUGGUGGGCAGUACAAUGAGAGCCGCUUCUAUGUUCUGCACCAGGAUUUCCUCAGAUACGUGCGGAACAGGUUCUUAAAGUCUGCUCAUCUGAAUAAUUCAUACUGGGCGAUAGUCCGACCAACCAAUGGGGCAUUCGCUCUCUUCCUGGCUCUGCACACCUGUGACACUGUGAGCGCAUAUGGAUUCAUGACUGAGGACUACAAGAAAUACUCUAACUACUAUGUUGAGAAGAAUAUUAAAACCCAUGUCGUUUUCUACGCAAACCACGACUAUAUCCUGGAGAUGAAUUUGUGGAAAAAAUUACACAACAGCAAAAUAAUGAGGCUAUAUCAAAGAACAGACUCAGAAACAGGGACAGAAAAACCGAAGCAACUCUGAUACACUGAGAAUGGCAGUAAUGGCAUCAAGAACUUCAUUUUCAUUUAAAAAAAUUCUUAUUCUUAUUGUUUACCCUCCUUGGAAAAGAUAAGGAAACUCAAACCCUGCGAGACAAUGUGUCACUGUCCAAAUUAGGUGUGUGAUAAAUAGGGGGCUUGAUCUGGUUUAUACCAGAGGGGUUUUCAGUCCAGGUCUGACAGGGAGUGGAAAACAAUACACCCGUGGUUAACUAAUUAAAUGAAAAACUGACAUAAAGUUGUCUUAGUAAGGUGUUUUUCCACCUGGACAAAGCACAACUAACACCCCUCUCACUGUGCAGUUUAACAGCACAACAAACUACAGCCUCCAAAGUGAAAGAAAGUUUAAUCAACACCUCUGGUAAAACAGUUUCAGACAUUAUAACCUUAAUGAAAGUAGGAUUUAUAAAAGGCUGUUGUAUUACUUCUUUGCAUUACUGCAUUACUUUUAGCUAAUCUUAGCAAUUAGCUAGUUUGCAGGUGCCGAGUCAUUCAUAGAUAUCAAAAUAGCAAUAUAAAAGUACCAAAUAUACAGUAUCAAAUAAUGGAUUUGUAAUGGAAUAUCUUUACAUUUAAAUAAAGGAUCUUAAGAACUUGUUCCACUGCUGGAAGCUACACAGAUAAAAGUAUUGGUCAUGCAUGAAGUCGGCUGCUGGAAAUUCUGGAAAUACACAUGAUUAAUAUAAUGGAAAUAUAUGGCACUCAGCUUGUGGUGCUCAAAGCGCCAAAAAAAUGCAUUUGAAAAACUGGCACAAAUUUGGGUUUUUUAAUCUCAUGCCACUUUCUGCUUCUACUUCGACAGCUUUCGUUCACUUACUUUACAAAUUAAGAUUUUUGCACACCAAACAUAUGAAAAUGUACAAUUGGUAACUAUUUUAACAAUCAUGUAGUAAUUUUUCACUUCUAAAGUUCAGAAUUUUUACAAAUCAAACAAUCAAUCGAUUAAUCGAGAAAAUAAUCAGCAGAUUAAUCCAUAAUGAAAAUAAUCAUUAGUUGCAGUCCUACACAGGGCCCAUUUUUCUGCUUUGAGUACUUUUACUUUUAAUACAUUUUCCUGAUUAUACUUACAUACUUUUAUUUAAGUAACAUUUUUAAUUCAGAGCUUUUACUUGUGUAUUUUUACAGUGUGGUAUUAGUACUUUUACUUAAGUAAAAGAUCUGAAUACUUCCUCCACCAGAGGUAUUUCCAUUUUCUGCAACUUUAUACUUCUGCUUCACUACAUUUCAGAAGGAAAUAUUGCACUUUUUGCUUCACUACAUUUAUUUGACAGAUGGCUACUAUACUUUACACAUUGUGAUUUUACAUGCAAUCAAUACGAUGCAUUGUUACAGAUUAAACUAUACAACGGGAUAUAGAGUAGUUCAUAUUAACUCAACCAUAUACAACAUUUGAAUGCUGCUUACAUGUCACGUAAUAAUAAUCCAAUCAUAUCUUUAUGAUAAUGUAACACUGACAAUCCACAGCAUAAUGAGUACUUUAAGUACUUUUUUCUGACAAUACUUCUGUACUUUGACUUGAGUAAAAUUUUAAAUGCAGGGCUUUAACUUACAAAGGAAUAUCUUUAUAUUUAAAUAAAGGAUCUGAAUACUUGUUCUACCACUGGAAGCUACACAGACAAGUUGGUAUAUGCACAAGGUCGGUUGCUGGAUAUUCUGGAAACACACAUGAUUAAAUGUCCCAAAACGUCAGAGUGAUUAAUCUGUUUGCUGGCUGUUGAAACCAGUUUUAAUGCACCUUUUGUCACAUACCAGAAGGCUAUAUCAUACGAGUCAUGUGCACAGAAACAGACAGUACACGUAUGUGUGAUGAUGGACAGUCUGAUGAAGCUUCAAGUCGUCUGUGAUGAUAUUUGAUUGAUUUAUUGCGUUGGGAGUGCUUUUUGUGGUUUGUUUUACAUUGUUCAGGCGCCACGCUACUAAGAUGAAAAAGUUCACAGUUCAAAUACUUUCUUUGGUUACUGUUGUUGUGGUUGGAUGCCACUGCUUACCAUCAAAAUAUACCAUACACCAGAUAUAUGCCAGAUGUCCUAUGUUAGUACAAAAAUAUUAGGUUUUCUUACUCAUAAGAAAAUGUGUCAGUAUGGGAUUUAAUAAUUAUCAGCUGCAGAGGAUCAUGAAAAAAGUCCAGGGCUGUGACUAGAUCGCUAGUCACAAAUAGCAGCAAUUCUGAAUUGAAAGGGAGGUUUUUUUUUUAUUUUGGGGAUAUUUAAAUUUUUUCACGGGUUACUUUUGUAAUUGUCAUUCUUCAUUUAUUUAUUUAGUGAGUAAAUAUGGUAAUAGAAAUAUACUAUGUGGAAGUUAGGGAUAAUUUAUUGCACUUGGUGUCUGUGUUUAUUAGCUUCUAUGUACAUUGUUGUAUUGCACAUUCUGGGAAUGAUGCAAACACUUAUAUAAAUGUACUGUAUACUGUAUGUGUGUGUGUGUUUUAGUAUUGUUUUUUCAUGUACUUUCAUGCCUUUGUAUUUUAGAGUUUAAUAUCUAGAUUUAAAAUGGGCUAAAAAUA